AUGGAAACUACCUAUCACAAAUCCGAACGUCUUGCUCAACACAAUCUCCAAACCCAGCCUACCGGACCGGCGUCGCCAUUCCUCACCCUCCCACUAGAACUCAUCCUCCUCACAACAAGCUACCUCCCCAUCGAAUCAGUGGGAUGCUUAAGUCUAUGCUGUCACUAUCUUUAUAGCCUCAAGACAGAGUAUCACCUCAAGACAAAGUCUCGCGUCACGAUAGAUAACCUGCAGCUUCCCAAAGACGCCUUCCUCCAUAGUAAUGACCGCCUUCCUCCAUCUUCUAGAACGAGACCUAUCCCUCCACAUCGUCUGUCCCACUGCAACAAACUGCACCCCACACCACUCGCCACCUAG